AAAUUGAACUAAGCGACCCUAAGAAACCUAGAGGGUCGUUGGGUCUCGCAAAGGUCGCUUAGUGUAUUUUGCAUACUAUGAUCGUCGAUGAGGGGGACGAGGCCGAGGCCGAGGCCGCAUCCGCGGCGCAACAAUCAAGGGCGGACACCCAACAAUCUCGACUGAUCCUCCACAAUUUCCUUUCCCUCCAUCAAUGCAAUGAACUUGAAUUCAUCCACAAGAGUUGCAGUACAGUGGGUUACAGGCCCAACGUCUUCUCCACCACUCUUUCUCAUCUCAUCGCCACCAAUUCUCCCCAUUUUCUCAGACCCUUCAUUUCUAUUAGAGAGAGGUUAAAGGAGAAGGUAGAGGAGUUCUUCGGCUGCGAGUAUGAACUCUUUGUUGAGUUCACCGGUUUGAUCAGUUGGACUAGAGGAGCAAGCAUUGGGUGGCAUAGUGAUGAUAAUAGACCCUAUCUUAAGCAGAGGCACUUUUCGGCAGUUUGUUAUUUGAAUAACUAUGAGGAUGAUUUCAGUGGGGGACUUUUCCACUUUCAGGAUGGGGAACCACAAACUAUUGUACCAUUGAGAGGAGAUGUUGUGAUAUACACAGCUGAUAGCUGCAACAUUCAUUCUGUUGAUGAGAUUAUUGAUGGGGAAAGACUUACUUUGGCAUUAUGGUUUAGUCGUGAGAGUUCUUAUGAUGAGGACGCUAAACUUAUUUCCCUUCUCUCAGAGAGUGCAUUACAUAGUAACAAAUGGCUACCACUUCCGGCAUCCAGUGAUAUGUAUUGGUUUUCACUGGGCCAAUCUUCUGAGGACCGCUUGGGUUUUGAUAUAUGCUGGGCAAGAUUGCAUGUACUUGGGUUUGACAUACUUUAUUCUGAAGAUAAGAGCUGCUACUCUGAUAUCUCUGAGUUAUUAAUGGAGCCAGUGCAAUUAGCAAGGGGAAAUGAGUUGUUUGACAAGGAAUUUGUCAAUAUCCUGCAUGCACUUCAGGUGGUGCAAUACUACUACUGGAAGGCUUCCGAAGUGGAAGCUAUGAAAGUUGAAGUAGAAAACAGCAAGGUUGUACUAUUGUCAGAAUUGCAGCAACACAGAAUUAGUAGCCUCAAGUCUUUAUUUUUGAGGGAUAAUCACCUAGCAGAGACGGUGUUUAGUCGUGCAACUUGUGGCAAAAGUGUGCAGCACGGUUUUGAUUGGACAAAGUUUGCUGCUACCAUUGCAAUGUGGGAGGGUUAUGCUUGCGAUUCUUAUGAGGGAAUAAUGAGAAGCUUACCAUACUGGAGAGUACAACAAUCUAUAUUCAACGUUUCAUUCAAUGAGACGUAACUGGUAUGUUUACUUGAUGCUCUUUAUUAGAUUUAAUAAAAAACUAAUCAUUUGGAGUGGUACUUUAUCAAUCAACCACAUAUUUUUGAACUGUUAUAACUAAGCAGAAUAUGUUUUCUCAAAACAGUCAGAGAUUAAAAAGGGUUGGGGGAAUGUGGAUGUUAAUGAUAGAUUAAGCUAUAAAUAUGUAUAUUUUCCAUUAAGAGUAAUAACUACUUGGCAUUAUCUUA